CACACACUAAAAACUCACACAAACUAUUAACACCAUGAAACUCAACUCAAUCACCACCACCACCACACAUUCCCAUGGCCACCACCACCACCACUACUUCCCUUUUCUUCCCCAACCCAUUCACCUCUCAAACCAACAAGAAAAGACUAACCGCCAAGAAGAACCUCCUCACCCUCAUCUCUGACCAAGACCGUGGCCUCAAGACCCAAAAUCCCACCAAGCUAGCUUCGAUCGUUACCGCGAUCGAUGCAAUGGCCGAGCUUGGCACCGGUUUAGUAACCACCGGUGAUUCCCUGUCGGCAACUUGGCGGUUGCUCUGGACUACUGAGAAAGAGCAGCUGUUCAUCAUUGAGAAGGCUGGCUUGUUUGGAACUAAAACUGGUGAUGUUUUACAGGUCAUUGACGUUAAGAAUUUGAGUCUUAACAAUGUUAUUACUUUUCCUCCUGAUGGUGUUUUCUUUGUUCGGUCGAAUAUUGAAAUUGCUUCGGAGCAGAGAGUGAACUUCAAAUUUACGAGUGCAGUGUUACGUGGGAAGAAGUGGGAAAUACCAUUGCCACCAUUCGGACAGGGUUGGUUUGAUACUGUAUACCUGGAUGAUGACCUUCGAGUUGUAAAGGAUAUCAGGGGAGACUAUUUAGUUGUCGACCGAGCUUCCUAUAACUGGAAAGAAUGAGAUGAAUCUUCACUGUCACUGUUUGCUAAUCUUUAAUGAAAACUUCAACCUCAACGGCUUCUAUGGUAUCAAUUCUGUUUUUGUAUUUAAUUAGUACUUAUUUGGCAAUGUCUUGUAAGUUUUAAAGUUGCGCUAAUUCAUUAGUAUUAUGUUUGUUUUUCUUUUAGAUUUCUGAAUACUGAAUAGCUUCUUGAUCUCCUUUGUAAAUCAUGUUAUUUGUUCUUCAAUUACAAUUAGAGAAUGCUA